AUGAGUUUGUUAAGCUUCGGGGGCUACCGGAGACUCAUGGACGAGACUGAUGUCUACCACGUGGACUACGCGGAGCGCUUAGCUCAGAAGAAGGUACAGGAGAGCGUUCCUGUGAUCAUAGGCGAGGAAGCCGAAGCAAAGAGCAGUAAAGAACAGCAAGACGCGUUUGUACGAGGAACGAAGCACCUGAGUGAAGAGGAUCGUGACUUGUUGUGGGCGCUGGUAUCAAAGUAUGAGCGGGCAUGGCUCGCGCCGCGGGUUGGCCACGUUGGUUACAAAGUGAAGUUCGAGGUCACGGGUAAACCGUUCAAAGCGAGAUUUCGACAUUACGAGCCAAGCCAAAGGGAAGAGCUGAGCCGACAGAUCGAGGCACAGCUGGCGCUGGGUGUCAUGCGUUCUAGCAAAAGUGAGUGGGCUGCGUCUCCUCACAUGGUGCCGAAGAAAAUAGGAGAGUGGCGAGUUGUCCUUGACUAUCGCCAACUUAAUAAGCAGAUGGUCUCGGACGCAUAUCCGAUACCUCGACUGUGGACGAACCUGAGGACGUGUGCAGGUAGGAACUAUUACGUAACACUAGACAUGAACAAGGGAUUCUGGAACAUCCCGCUCGAGGAGGAGAGUGCUGAUGUGUGCGCUACGCAAAAAAUUUCCAAUUUUUGA